AUGGGUGCUUAUUUAUCAUCACCAAAAACAAAUAAGGAAUCUUUAGACGGAGGAAAUUUAGAAUUCGAUCCUAGUAGGUAUGGUUUAUCGUGCAUGCAAGGAUGGAGAAAGAAUAUGGAAGAUGCACAUAUAUGUUAUAAUAAUUUAAAGUUAAAUGAAAUUGAAGAAGAUGUUUCUAUAUAUGGUGUUUUUGAUGGACAUGGUGGUCCAAAUGUGUCUAAAUGGAUAUCUUAUAAUUUCCGUCGUAUUUUUAUAAGAUGUUUAAAAGAAGCUAAUGAAGAAAUGAUAAAAAAGAAUAUGAAAAGAUCUGAAAAUUAUAAAUUAAAAUUAAUAAAAUUAACUCUUGAAAAAACAUUUUUAAAAUUAGAUGAAGAAAUGUUAUUAUCUGAAAAUCAGGAGAAAUUAAAGAAAUAUAGUGUACCUACACAAGAAAAUGAAGAAGAAUCUGAUACAAGAGAAAAUUAUAUAUACUCUAUAUUAAAUGAUAUAAUAUCUAAAAAUAUUAGUAUUAAAGCCAUAGAAAAAGAUGGAAAGAGAUGUUUACAAGUUGUUUAUAACAAGGAUGGUAGCCCAGUAGAAGAAGGAAAUACUGAUGGUAGUGUUACAUCAUCGUUAAAUCAAGAACAACAAGAAAAUAAUCAAUUAUAUGAAGAUGGUAGUGAUGACAAUAAUAAUAAUAAUAAUAACAAUACAUCUCCUAAUUUAUAUGCUACUAAUGGAGAGAAUAUUUUAACAAGUGAUGAAAAUUAUGAUUCAUCUAAUUUAAACUUAGAUGAUAAUAAUAAUGGUAGUAAUAUGCUUAAAAAAGAUGAUGCAUCAUCAGAUAUUUUAACUGCCACUACUUCCACAAAUGAUCUGAAAGAUGAAGACAAGAAAAAUAAUUAUCAUCUUGAAAACAAUGAACAUAUGAAAAAGGAAAAUAAUAAUUGUGAAGAAAAUGGUGAGCAAAAUAAGCAAGUAAACGGUAUGUCAUCUUAUAAUAAGUCAUUAAUAGAGGGAACAAUGGAUGAAAAUAUGGAUGAGAAAGGGUUAUUAAAUAUAAAUGAUAUAAAAACAAAUAAUAUAUUAAUAGAUAAUAAUAAUAAUAAUAAUAAUAAUGAUAAUAGUAAUAAUAAUAAUGAUCCUUCAGUGUUUAGUUCUACGUAUGCACAUCAUUGUAAUAAUAAAGAAGGGGGUGUAAAUGAUUAUCUUAAUAAUGAGGAAAAUAAUGAAACAAAUAAUAUUAAAAGAUUGAAGAAAGAUAUGUGUAAUGAUGAGAAAGUAAACACACAGAAUGAUAUAAAGGAGGAAGACAAAAUGAUAAAUAUGGAAACUUAUAUGAAUGAAGCAAGUGAUGGUGUAAAAUCUGAAUUAACUUAUGAUAAUUUAAAAUGUAUGGAAGAAGAAGAAAAGAAUGGAGAAAUUGAACAAGGAAUAAAUAAUGUAAUAGAUCAUUUUCAAGGUAAUAAUUUAUUAAAUAAUAACAAUACAAGUGGAAAUAUAAAUUCUUAUACAAAUGAUGAUAUUCAUAAUAAUGUUUCAUUACAAGGAUAUGAUAAUGAUGGAAUAAUACAAAAUAGAAAUAAUGGAGAUGAAGCAAAUAAUGUAGAUAUGGAAAGAUUAGCAUAUGAUGAAGCUUCAGCUAAUGUUAUAGAUAAUAAUAUAAAUAAUGAUUUAAACGAAGAAGAAGAAGAAGAAGAAGAUGAUGAGAAUAAUAAUAAUGAUGAAGAAACCGGUGAAGAUGAUUGUAAUGGUGUUUAUUCUUCUGAAGAAUUGAGAUUAUUUGAGAAUUACUAUUCGAAUGAUUAUGAAGAUAAUAUAGCAUAUAGUUGUGGAUCAACAGCAUUAGUAGCUGUUAUAUUAAAAGGAUAUUUAAUUGUAGCUAAUGCUGGAGAUUCUAGAGCAAUUGUAUGUUUUAACGGAAAUUCUUUAGGUAUGUCUACUGAUCAUAAACCACAUUUACAAACAGAAGAAGCUCGUAUUAAAAAGGCAGGUGGAUAUAUAGCAAAUGGUAGGGUUGAUGGAAAUUUAAAUUUAACUAGAGCUAUAGGAGAUUUACAUUAUAAAAGAGAUCCAUUUUUACCACAAAAAGAUCAAAAAAUAUCUGCAUUCCCAGAAAUUACAUGUGUUACAUUAACACCAGAAGAUGAAUUUUUAUUUCUUGCAUGUGAUGGUAUAUGGGAUUGUAAAGAUGGUCAAGAUGUUGUCGGUUUUGUAAAAACCAGACUUGAAAAAUUUGAAGAAAUUGCAGACGAUCCAAACAAUUCUUUGGAUAAUACAGAAAAUAGCGAACAUAUGAAAACUAAUAAUAAUUCAGAUCAAAACAAUAAAUUAACAAAUGUAGAUCAAAAUAAUAUAAAUAAUGAACAAGAAAAUAUUUUAAAUACAUCAAAUAAUGAUUUCCUUAAAAAUGAAAAUUUACUAAAUGAAAAUAAUAUGGAUAAUAUAAACAUGCAUGAAAAAAGUGACAAGGAACAAGAUUUAGAUUUAGAAAGAGAUGAAGAUAAAUAUGAUGCUCCACCUGUUAUUGAAAGAAAGAAAUAUGAAAAGUUUAAUAAAUUAUCACAAAUUUGUGAAGAAUUAUGUGACGAAUGUUUAUCUAAUAAUUAUAAAGAAAAUGAUGGUAUUGGCUGUGAUAAUAUGACAUGUUUGAUAGUGCAGUAUAAUCCAGAAUAUAAAACACAUACGGAAAAAAAAUUUCUUAAUAUCGACGAUAUUGAAUAA